UCAAUGCUACCACCUUUACCUAACAUGAAGCUUCUGGAAAUUGUGCACGAUUUGCACGUUGGUAAAAGUCGAAGCGGUAAAAAUCCUAAAAUCACGUUUUAGGCCAGGGAUAGAAAGUAAACCUUGGAACUGACAUAUUACCAAGGUAUUGGAGUUAAUAUCCUAGAUAAUUAAAGUCUGUUUUUUAAUACGAUGGCCUUAGAGAGCACAGACGAAAAGUCCCAGAACGUUCCUUUAUUCAGAAACCUUACUGCUGAUGAUGAAGAUCAAGAAGCCAGCGUAAUCCAAAGCAUGUGUACAAGUUGCGAGAGAGAGGGUACAACAAGACUGCUUUUUACAAAGAUACCUUUCUUUAAAGAAAUUAUUCUAAUUUCAUUUGAAUGCCCCCAUUGUGGUAACAAGAAUAAUGAGAUCCAAUCAGCUGGACCAAUUCAAGAUAAAGGCAGUCGAAUUACAACAAAAAUCACAGGCCUAAAGGAUUUAAAUCGGCAAGUUGUCAAGCAGUCAUCGGCCUCGUUUCGAAUACCUGAACUCGAUCUGGAGUCAGAGGCUUUCAGCCAAAAAGGAGCGUUAACGACUGUUGAAGGGGUUUUGCAGAAUGUGAUUGACGGGCUGGAACAGCAGCAGAAGAUUCGAAAGGUCACUGACAAAGAAACAGCAGCAAAAAUUGAGGCGUUUAUAGAGAAAGUGAAGGUAUACCAACGCGGCGAGAAAGAGUUCACUUUGAUCAUAGAAGAUAUAUCCGGUAAUAGUUAUGUUGAGAACCCGCAUGCCCCUGGUAAUGAUCCGAAUACGAAAACAGAACUUUUCAGUAGAACUACAGAUCAGAACGAAAAACUUGGGUUUUUCGAAACGACACCAGAGGAUCCAGAAGUCGAACAAGAAUCUGAACCAAAACCAGAAGAAUCACAACCGCUUGAUUUGAAAGAGGAGGUGUUACAGUUUCCCUGCAACUGCCACAACUGCAACUCACCAGCAGUUACAAACAUGAAAAUUGUUCAAAUACCUCAUUUCAAAGAAGUGAUUAUUAUGGCUACCAAUUGUGACAAAUGCGGUUACCGAACGAACGAAGUUAAAUCUGGAGGCGGGGUGGAGCCAUGUGGUGUGAAAAUUACCUUAAAAAUGACAGAUGCUUCAGAUCUGAACAGAGAUGUGCUCAAGUCUGAAACAUGCCAAGUGAUGAUUCCUGAGUUGGACUUUGAAGUUGGUUCCGGGUCGAUUGGUGGACGGUUUACGACAGUCGAAGGUUUGCUGACGUCAAUAAAAGAACAGCUAGAGACAUCAUGUCCUUUCUUCACUGGUGAUAGUGCUGUUUCAGAUAGCAAACAACAAAUGAAAGAAUUUGUCGGAAAACUAGACCAGAUCAUACAAGGUGAAAACUUUGUAACAAUUGUUCUAGAUGAUCCGGUGGGAAACAGUUACAUCCAGAAUGUAUAUGCUCCAGACCCCGACCCUGAAAUGACAGUUGAAAAAUACGAGAGAACAUUUCAGCAAAACGAAGAAUAUGGUUUAAAUGACAUGAAAGUAUAAUUCUGUGAAACACAAGGUACGAUGUAUACCCAGAUGACAGCACUACUUUACUUUUGUCUAAAGAUUUUAUUCAACUAAAGAACGACCUGAAUGAUGAUAUUCGAAAUUAGCUACAAUAUUUACAAUAUUACAUUUAAGAGUAGUUUGUGUCUAUCAGAUAAUAGAAAUUAAGGCAUACUGUGCAUAUGUCCUACAUUUUCAAAAUAGGUUUUGGUAGUGUAAAAUUUGAAAAUUUCUCAGAAAAACGAAAACGUUCUUUUUGCUCGACUGACCUAAGGGUAUAAACAGCGGAUAACGAAGGUGAGCAGGAAUUUAUACCGAGAUUUGGAUCAAAAGUAAUGCAAUUUUAGCGAUCCAGCAAGGAAAAACGACCCGAGGAUUAAGAGAAUGCUACGUCUUUGGAAUACUCACCUGGAUCAAGGGAACUUGACUCACUUCCCAACUUUGCAGAAACAGCAGCCUGUCGAUGUGUCCAUGUAUGCAUCUUUCCUUGGUGACCUUCGCAUGCAGUUUAAUGAUCGGUGUCAGUCAGUGCAGUGUCAACGCAAAAACUUCAAGCUGUUUACUGCACUAUUUGAAAUUGCCUCUGAAAUUCUUCAAAUGGAGUUGAUCGAGCUGCAGGGUACCAGUGAAUUGAAACUGAAAAACAAGGAAACUAAUCUCACCCAGUUUUAUAAAGAUAAUCUCUAGGAUGGGUGUUUAAAUCUAGGUCUGGUGACUAAUGCCAAGAAGAUGUAUUGCAUGUUUAGAAGUACUUAUCUUUGCGAAAGUCUCUUCUCAAAGAUGAAGUAUGCGUCAAGAGUCGACUGCGAUCUUGAAUGACUGACUGAUCAGCACCUUGAAGGCAACAUGCGGCUGUCAACAUCAACAAUUUUGCCAAAUAUGGAGAAGUUGGCCAAGAACAUGCAGCAUCAACUUGCGUAUUCAAGGCCCGCGCCACCGGGGGGGGGGGCGGGGGUCAUGCUCCCCUUCACUUUUGCGAAGCAAGUAGUUUUAAAGCUGCAGUAACGUGUGUAAGAAGCCUUCGCCUCCUACUUUUUUAGCCUUAGCCCCCCACUUCCAAACUCAUGGCGCAAGCCCUGGUAUUAGCUUCUUGUAACAAACUGAACAGUGAUCAUGUACUUUACAUCUGUCUUUGUAUUCACGUGCUGCUUCCAAGUUGAAGUACAUUUAAUGAUAAAUACAAUUUUAUUGAUUAGAUUAGUAGUUAGUUAGAAUGAGUAUAUAUUAAAAUUAUAAUGUAUUUUGAGUUG